UUCUGAUUUUCAAGAAACUUUGCCUCUUUUUCUUGCAUGGCUUUCCAUUGUAUGUUUCUACUUGCAAUUUAUUUAGUGCUUCCACUUUCAACAAUUGCUCAAUCUUACAAAAAUGUUAGUUUGGGUUCAAAACUCAUUACAAGUGAUGUUACUAACUUUUGGCCAUCCCCAUCUGGAGAAUUUGCAUUUGGCUUUCAAAGAAUUGGAAAUGGAUCAUCAGGAUUUUUACUAGCCAUUUGGUUCAACAAACUCAAAGAAAAGACUAUAGUUUGGUCAGCCAAUAGAAAUAACAUCGCGCCGGAGGGAUCCAAAGUUGAACUUUCUAUAGAUGGAAGACUAGUGCUAACUGAUCCAAAUGGUCAAGAAAUAUGGGCUCAUGAUACGGCUAGUGCUGGACCGGCCUAUGGAGCCAUGCUUGACACCGGAAACUUUGUGCUAGCAAACAGUAGUUCAGGCAUUCUAUGGCAGAGUUUUCAUGAGCCAACCGAUACGAUUUUGCCUGGCCAAGUACUUAAUCAAAGAUCCAGGCUUGUCUCGAGCUUCUCUAGCACGAAUGCAUCGAGUGGAAGGUUUGAGUUGUUACUGGAUGGAGAGCUGGCGCUUUACACGAUGAAGUACCCAAUUGAUGCCACAAAUGAUGCAUAUUGGUCAACCGUGACUGGUGGCAGUGGUAACCAGGUGAACUUCAAUCAAUUAGGCGUUAUUUACCUUCACGCAGCAAAUGGAACUCUGCUGAAAUUGAUAUCCUCUUCCAAUGAGACAAACUCAACAGCAAGCCAAUUGUAUCAGCGAGCGAUUCUUGAAUAUGAUGGAGUUUUUAGGCACUAUGUCUAUCCGAAAAAAUCUUCUAGUGGGAGGCCGAUGGCGUGGUCUAGUUUGCGUAGCAUUCCGGAUAACAUCUGUUUGCAUCUCCCUCAACAACAUCUACAGACAGGAGGGAUUGCAUGUGGUUUCAACAGCCUUUGCUCGAUGGGAACUGACCGGAGGCCAAGAUGUGAUUGUCCACUCAGGUAUACAAUAAAUGAUCCGAAGGACAAAUUAGGCAGCUGCAGUCGGAAUUUCCCCGAGCAAGAUUGUAAGGAUGAAUCUCGAGGUGAUGAGUCUUUCACAAUGCACGAAAUGCUCAACACUAACUGGUAUGGUGGCGAUUAUGAGCAUUACGCAGAUGUUACUGAGGAUUGGUGCAAACAGAAUUGUUUGAGUGAUUGUUAUUGUGUUGCUGCUGUUCACAAUCCAGGAAAAGAUUGUUGGAAGAAAAGGUAUCCGCUUUUAAACGGCAGGACAGAUCCAACAGAAACAGCAAAAACGUUUUUGAAAAUAAGGAAAGACAAUUCCACAGUGGGAUCAACAAUAACAACUACGCCUCGGUCUCAAGUUGGUGAAAACAGAAAAAGUCAAUCUAGUCUCAUCAUUUCUGUUUCUGUAUUGUUGGGUAGUUCAGUUUUCAUCUUAAUGUUGUUGGCCCUUUUGUAUGUUAUUAAGUUUAAAGGGAAAUAUCCAAAGAAGCUUUCAGCAUAUCAAGCUAUUCCAGGAGUGAACAUAAGAAGUUUUAGCUACAAUGAGCUAGAAGAAGCUACAAACGGAUUCGAGGAACAGUUAGGAACCGGUGCCUUCUCAACAGUUUACAAAGCGGUUCUUAAUGACGAAAUUAGGAAAGUGGUUGCUGUCAAGAAACUACACAAGACGGUAGCAGAAGGAGAACAAGGAUUCCUAGCUGAAGUGAAUUCAAUCAGCAGGACUAAUCACAAGAACUUGGUCCAACUCCUCGGGUUCUGCAACGAAGGCCAACACCGUCUUUUGGUAUAUGAACACAUGGAAGCUGGCUCAUUAGCAGACUUGCUAUUCAAAGAUUCUAGGAUUAGUUGGUCGCGAAGGGUACAAGUUGCAAUAGACACUGCUAAAGGGCUUUGCUAUUUGCAUGAAGAGUGUAGUACCCAAAUUAUACAUUGUGAUAUCAAGCCCCAAAAUGUGCUUUUAGAUGAAAAUUUGACAGCAAAAAUAGCAGAUUUCGGAAUAGCCAAGCUUUUGAGGAAAGAUCAGACUCGAACAACCACUAAGAUACGUGGGACAAGAGGGUAUGUAGCCCCAGAGUGGUUUAGGAACAUGCCUAUAACCGUCAAAGUGGAUGUGUACAGCUUUGGAAUCUUGCUUUUAGAGCUGAUUUGCUGCAGAAAAAGUUACAAGCAAGACGUGGCGAAUGAGAAUGAAAUGAUACUGACGGAGUGGGCUUGUGAUUGCUACAGGAGAAAAGAGUUUCAUUUACUCGCGGGUGAUGACGAAGAGGCCAUAGAAGAUAUCGAGAGGUUCGAGAAGUUGUUGAUGGUUUCUAUUUGGUGCAUUCAAGAAAAUCCAGCAUUAAGGCCUAGCAUGAAGGAAGUCAUACUAACACUUGAAGGUUCUGUUGAAGUCUCAAUCCCCCCAGACCCUUUUUCCUUUAUCCGUUUUGUUUAGAUCAAUCAUGUUUUUCCCCUUAAGCAAAUCUGUAUCUGUAUGUUCUCUGCAUUGUGUUUCUUGAAAUGUACUAUUUCAAUAUCCAGUUCAGUUUAAUCUUUGAAAAGAAAAUAAGAAAAUGUUAUCCACUGUGU